UGUGAAUGUAAACACAUAAGUAAUUGUUUUUUUUAACUGCGUGUAUAAAAUUUUAUCAAAAUUUCAUUAAUAAUAAAAAGAAAAUAAAAAAAAAAUAUCGAUAUUUUCUUCAAAUAUUCAGUAAAAAAUUAUCGAAUCAAAAAAUACGAAAGUGUAAUUUUUUUUUUUGACAAUCGAUAAUAUAAUGGAUAAUAAUAAAACACAAUUCAAAUGGAUAAUUCCAAAUUAUAAAAUAAAUAUGAGAGAAGUAAAUUGGUUAAGUUCGCCAAUAUUUACAAUGCAAAAUUAUCCCCAUAAACGUUGGUUUUUAAAUAUUGAUUGGACAUGUGAUAAUAUAUUACGUUUAUCAGCACGACCAACUGAAACAUAUGAUAGUGAACAUUUAUUUACAUUCACAAUGAAUUUAUCAAUAAUGGAUGCAACAAAUCAACCAUUAAUAUCAUUAAUAAAUAGAUAUACAGGAAAAAUUGAAGCAAAAUGGCAUAAAAUUGGAAUAAUUGAACAUACACAACUUUUAAAUAAUCUCGUUAAUUCUGAUCUUAUUAUUAAAUUUGAAAUGGAUUGUAAUUUUGUUUGUCUCGAGAUUAAAACAGAAAAUCAAAUAAAAAUUGAAGAAACAACAAAAAUUAAUGAUAAUAAUAAUAUAAAUUUUGUUAAUCAUAAAAUGUUUAGCGAUAUAACACUUUAUUUGGGGAGAAAAAAAAUUUUUGCCCAUAAAAUAAUAUUAUCAAUGGAAAGUAAUGUUUUUCAUCAAAUGUUUAUUAAAGAUGAAUCAAUUGAUAAAGUGAAAAUAAAUGCUGAGAUAAUUAAUUAUGAUUUAUUUUUAAUUGUAUUAGAAUUUAUGUAUACGGGAAAAAUUGAAAAAUUAAAUGAAUAUGCAAUUGAUUUAUUGAAAAUUGCAAAUUUUUAUGAAAUUUAUGAAUUAAUUGAUAUUUGUACUGAUGAAUUGGCAAGAAAAUUAAAUUUUUCAAAUGUUAUUAAUAUAUUAAUUGUUGCCGAUGAUUGUAAAAUAAGAAGAUUAAAAGAUGCAUGUUUAACAUUGAUACAGUGUAAUUUUGAAAAAUUUCAAAAUUCAUCACAAUUAGAACAAUUGUCACGUAAUCAUGUACAUCUUUUAUUGGAAAUUAUGAAGGAAUUGCCAAUAGAGAGAAAAAAAAAUCAAUGGUAAAUGAAGACGAAAAAAAAAGAAACCGAAUUUUUGUUUUAAAGAAAUACAUUUUUUUUAAAUGUAUAAAAAAUACUUUUUUUUUGUUUUAUAUUUGAAAAAAAACGUUAUUUAAAAAAAAGUGGAUUUUUUUUUAUUUUCGAAAAAACACGAUAUUCAGAAACAAAAAUCAAGGUUUCUGCUGGAAAAAUAUCGGAGAAAUAUAUCCAAGGUUAAUUUUUCAUUAUCUCGGUCAUGAAGCGUUUAAAAAAAAAUAUAUGUGUGUGCGAAAUUAUUAUCUUAAUUAACGAAAAACAUAAUAUUGCAAUUAGACGAGUGGUUAAGAGAAAAAUUUUUUGUUUCUUAUCGUAAGCUUUAGAUCGAAACUAAAUAAAAUCAAUAUUGUCAUUGAUUAAGAUUUAUUUUCAUAAUUCUAUAUUUAAGUUUAAACAAUGAAUCGUCAAAACUAAUAAAACUGACUGUAUAAGGCGUGACAUUGAAAUAAAUAUAUAUAAGAAUUUAUAAAUAAUAAAACGUUGUUUACUAUUUUUCACUAUAAAUAAUAGUAGUUAUUGCAUUUUAUCAGUAGUCUAUGGAUUAAAAUCUUUGAUCUCGGAAGAUAUUAAUCCGAUAAGAGAAAAUAAAUUGUUACUGUUACUUCCUAUAUAAAAAGAGACGUUAAUUCGUUUCCUUAUGUCACUAGAGGUAAUAAACUUGAACUUUACGUUUAAAUUUUUGGCUCAAAAUUUAUUUUUAUUAGUUUUUUUUUUUUUUUGAGAGAGAGAAAGAGAGAAACAAUGAAAGGCGUCACCACGUUUGGCGUCUUAAUAUUUUCUUUUUUCAUUUCUCAUAUUUCUUCAAAUAAUAUAGAUUGCACUAAAUGUCUACAGUACGAAUCAUUUUUAACUAAUUUGGCUUUUUUAGAUAUUAAACUUGGAUUAGAUACAUACGAAAUUUUAGAUAUCAGAAGCUUAUUAAAAAAAUGCGCUUUUUGUCAAAGUAUUAUAAAUAUUGAGAAUCUUGGUUUUAAUACUUUGAAAAAUGCAACUGGAGAAAUUUGCCCUGGAAUGCUUCGACAAUGCGAUGAGCACGCCAAAUGCAUUUCAAUUGGUUUCAAUCAGUAUUUAUGCAGGUGUAUGGUCGGAUGGGCGGGUAAUGGAUUUAAAUGUGGAUUAGAUUCAGACAAUGAUGGUUAUCCCGAUAAAGCACUCGAUUGUUGUUCGCCCGAAUGUCAUGGUGAUAAUUGUCCAAAUAUUGCAAAUAGCGGACAAGAAGACGCCGAUGGCGAUGGAAUAGGCGAUGUUUGCGAUCCAGAUGCAGACAAUGAUGGAAUUGAAAAUCCACACGAUAAUUGUUGGUUAAAUAAAAAUCCGGAUCAAAAAGACGUGGAUAAAGAUCAAAUUGGUGAUAUUUGCGAUAAUUGUCCAACAAUUGCAAAUCCCGAUCAAGAAGAUACGGAUAAUGAUGGCGUGGGUGAUGUCUGCGAUGACGAUAUGGAUGGAGAUGAAAUUUUAAAUCCUGUGGAUAAUUGUCCAAAAGUGAGUAAUAAAGAUCAAAAAGAUACGGAUGGCGAUGGAGUGGGUGAUGCUUGUGAUAAUUGUCCAUUUGUCAAGAAUCCAAAUCAGGAAGAUGAGGAUGAUAAUGGUGUUGGCGAUGCUUGCGAAACAGGAAAGGAUCAAGAUUCCGAUGGUAUUCAGGAUGAUUUUGAUAAUUGUCCUAAAAUUCCUAAUGCCAAUCAAAAGGACACUGAUAAUGAUGGUGUAGGCGAUGCAUGCGAUGACGAUAUUGAUGGCGAUGGAAUUCCAAAUGAAAUUGAUAAUUGUAUAUUUGUCUAUAAUCCCGAUCAAAAAGCAACGCAUGUAAAUACGGAUAUUGGAGACGCGUGCUGGAAUGACAAUGACAAUGACAAUGUAAUUAAUAGCGUUGAUAAUUGUCCAAAUAAUAGUGACAUUUAUUCGACGGAUUUUCGAAAAAUUAAAACUAUCGAUUUGGAUCCAACAACUGGUUCCGGUCAAGCGAAUCCUAAAUGGAUUAUUAAUAAUCACGGUCAGGAAAUUAUUCAAACACUCAACAGUAAUCCUGGCAUUGGCAUUGGAAAAGAAAAAUUCGACGGUAUUGAUUAUGAGGGAACAUUUUAUGUAAACACAAAAAAUGACGAUGAUUUUAUUGGAUUUAUAUUCUCAUAUCAGAGUAAUAGAAAAUUUUAUGUUGUCAUGUGGAAAAAAGGAAAACAACAAUAUUGGGUGAAUAAACCAUUUAAAGCUUAUGCCGAUCCUGGUAUACAAAUAAAAUUAGUUGAUUCAAAAACUGGACCUGGUCCAAUGUUGAGAAAUAGUUUAUGGAAUACAAAAGGACAUAAAAAUGAAGUAAAAUUAUUGUGGCAUGAUCCAAAAAAAAUUCCAUGGAAAGCAUUUACAUCAUAUCGAUGGGAACUUGUACAUCGUCCAAUUAUUGGUUUAAUUAGAUUAAAACUUUAUAAUGGCAAUGAAUUAAUUGCCGAUUCAAAGAAUAUUUAUGAUAAUACAUUGAAGGGAGGAAAACUUGGUGUCUAUUGUUUUUCACAGGAAAAUAUUAUUUGGUCAAAUAUUAAUUACAAAUGUCGAGAAACUGUGAGUGAAGAAAUUUAUCGAGAUCUGGAUCCUAAAUUAAGAAAAAAAGUUGAAAAAGAAACAUAAGAAUGAAGGUUUUUUUUUCUUUUUAACAAAAAAGUUAUAGAAAAGUAAAGAAAAAAAAAAUGUGAUAAUAAUAAUUUAA